AUGGAUGUAUACCAAAUAGAGCUGGAGGCACAGGCACAAAUCCGCUCCAAUCUUCUGGUCGACACCUGCGCGAAGCACUCGGCGGAGCAGCAGCAGCAGCAGCUCCAGAUCAAGCAGGAGGACCUUCUCAAGGACUUGGCCCGCGACCAGGAUCAGCCCAGCGAAGGCGAGGAAGAAGACGAGGAGGAGGAGGAAGAAGAGGAGUUCGACGACGAAGCAGAGGAAGAGGAAGCAGUAGACCCAGAAGGAGCCGAACUCGCGCCAGUCAAUUUCAAUGCAAAUUCGGACUUUAAUUUGCAUUUCUUUGACACACCGGAGGACUCGUCUACCCAAGGGGCCUACAGCGAGGCCAACAGCUUGGAAUCCGAACAGGAAGAACAGGAGGAACAGCAGCGGGAGCAUAGAGAGCUCCAGGACUGUCUAAGUGCCAUCGAGGCGGAUCCCCUGCAGUUGCUGCAGUGCGACGACUUCUACAGGACAGCGGCUCCGGUGGAGCAGCAGCAGCAACACGCCAACAAGCAACAUCAGCAAAAGGAACACCCACACUCGGCACAACGUCAGCACCCGCAUCCUGGACCCCAGCAGCCACAUACACAGCUCCUGAGCACGCUGAGCAAUGGUGGAGGUGCUCUGUACACCAUCAGCAGUGUGCAUCAGUUCGGUCCGGCCAGCAACAACAGCAGCUCCCCAUCCUCCAGCGGCGCCCACGCCUCGCCGGACAGCGGCUGCUCCUCGGGAUCGGGAUCCUCGGGAUCCUCCUCCUCCUCGGGCGCGGUCUCCUCCUCGUCGUCGUCCAGCUGCUCGGAGCACUUCGGACGCUCCACCAACGGCAACGUCGCCAGCCACGCAGCAACAUCUUCAUCUUCUGCGCAUCUGAACAAAGAGCAACAGCAGCAGCCACCGACGACACAGCUGCAACAGCAGCAACAGCAACAGCAACAGCAGCAGCAGCAACAGUUGCAACACUCGCAGCAACCAUCGUUUGGUUUAGCGGACAGCAGCAACAACAGCAGCUGCAACAGCAACGGCAGUAGCAGCAACACCAACAGCAACAACACCAGCAGCAACAACAACGGAGUCUCCUCGAAAUCAUUUGUGCCCUGCAAGGUCUGCGGCGACAAGGCAUCGGGCUACCAUUAUGGUGUAACCUCCUGCGAGGGUUGCAAGGGUUUCUUUCGUCGCAGCAUCCAGAAGCAGAUCGAGUACCGCUGCCUGCGGGACGGCAAGUGUUUGGUCAUCCGGCUGAAUCGCAACCGCUGCCAGUAUUGCCGUUUCAAGAAAUGCCUUUCAGCUGGCAUGAGCCGCGAUUCUGUACGUUAUGGUCGCGUUCCCAAGCGUUCCCGUGAGCUGAACGGAGCAGCCGCCGCCUCCGCCGCCGCCGGCGCCCCAUCCUCGCUCAAUGUGGAUGACACUCCUGGGACUACUCUGCACCCAAAUCAGCUACAACAGCAGCAGCAGCAUCUCCUGCAACAUCAACAGCAACAUCAGCAGCAGCAACAGCAGCAGCAGAACCAACAGCAACCGCAUGUGAGCGGUGUUCGAGUGAAGACACCGAGUACUCCACAAACGCCACAAAUGUGUUCGAUCGCCUCCUCACCUUCGGAGCUUGGCGGUUGCAAUAGUGCCAAUAACAACAACAAUAACAGCAGCAGCGGCGUCGCCUCCAGUGGCAUAGGCGGCCUGAAUGCCAGCGGCGGCAGCGGCGUAAGCGUAGGCGUCGUCGUCGUCGGUGGUCACCAGCAACUGGUGGGCAGCAGCAUGGUGCAGCACGGCACUGAGGUCGGGGGCCACCACCAUCAGGUGGGCAUGUGCCACGACGGACUGGCGGGCACCGCCAACGAGUUAACCGUCUACGAUGUGAUCAUGUGCGUGUCGCAGGCCCAUCGCUUGAACUGCUCCUACACGGAGGAGCUAACCCGGGAUCUGAUGCGGCGCCCGGUGACGGUGCCACAGAAUGGCAUCGCCAACUCGGUGGCGGAGAGCCUAGAGUUCCAGAAGAUCUGGCUGUGGCAGCAGUUCUCGGCCAGGGUGACGCCCGGCGUGCAGCGGAUUGUGGAGUUUGCGAAACGCGUACCUGGCUUCUGUGAUUUCACCCAAGACGACCAGCUCAUACUCAUCAAGCUGGGCUUCUUCGAGGUCUGGCUGACGCACGUGGCCCGUCUGAUCAACGAGGCGACACUCACGCUGGACGACGGAGCCUACCUGACGCGCCAGCAACUGGAGAUACUCUACGAUUCGGACUUUGUGAACGCCUUGCUGAACUUUGCCAAUACCUUGAACGUGUACGGUCUGAGCGACACCGAAAUCGGCCUGUUUUCGGCCAUGGUGCUGCUGGCCUCCGACCGGGCGGGACUUAGCGAGCCGAAGGUGAUCGGACGGGCCAGGGAGCUGGUGGCCGAGGCGCUGCGAGUCCAGAUCCUGCGCUCAAGGACCGGCUCACCGCAAGCGCUGCAGCUGAUGCCGGCACUGGAGGCGAAGAUACCGGAGCUGCGCUCGCUCGGAGCCAAGCACUUCUCACAUCUGGACUGGCUGCGGACUUGCUGGACCAAGCUGCGCCUGCCGCCCCUCUUCGCCGAGAUCUUCGACAUCCCGAAGGCCGACGACGAGCUGUAGGAAGGGGGAGUGGAGAUCCCCAGGGCCGUGCAACGCAACCGCAACAAAAAAUAUUCAACCACUUGUAGGCUUAAGCAACGUAGCAUGUAGCAAAGACAAGAGAGAGAGAAAGAGAGGAGGGACACGAGAUCAGAUACACGUCUACUCAGCAUUACUGGAGAUAGUUCACUAAGCCCACUACUACUCGCCCAUCACUACUCGCAGCAGUGCUGGAGCGUUCGAGCUUCGAACUCCCCCGCUGAACAUAUCCAUGCGCAAACAUAAAUUAUUUAUUUCAUUGUUGACUCAUCAAGCUCCACACCGAACAUCACCGCAUCACCUUCGCCCCAUACAAGCAUCCUUCCAAGCACAGCCAGACAAAAUUAGGAAAAGAAGGGAAAAGGGAGGAGAAUGGAAGCCCCAUCCCCACUCAUCGUUGGCCAGCUAUCCAAGGCAUCUAUUCAGAACUCGACUGAAGAGCGAGCGUUAAAGUUCGAUAAAUACUGGUUUUUUAAAUAUUAUUAACUACUAUAAACGAUAUCGGAUAUAUGUGUACGUUACAUCUAGAGAUACGGAUUUAGUGUAGUCGAGAAGAGCAAAAAGACCCCUUUCGUUUGCUUGCAAAAGUCGGAGAUCCCAUCCCAUACGAUACGAUAAAAUAUACACUUAUAUAUAUGCGACAUGAUAAUUCUACGCCUUAGUUUAAAUCAUUUCGAAUUAAAGAUCGAUGCGUUUAUUGUAUCUGCGUGUAAAUAAAUUUAAAUUAAUUUUUAACAUUAA